GCUCCUUCGACAAAAGAGACACUCUCCUCAGCCCCCUUCAUCCCUUUCUUCUCCCAAGAAUCCUCAUCUCCUCUCUCUCUCUCUCUCUCCCUGUGCAAUGGCUGGCCGCCACGAGAAGGAGAAGGGAGUAAACGUCCAGGUCCUCCUCCGCUGCAGGCCAUUCAAUGAAGAUGAGUUGAGAAGCAAUGCCCCUCAGGUCAUCACUUGCAAUGAGUACCAGCGCGAGGUCGCCGUCUCUCAGAACAUCGCCGGCAAGCAGUUCGAUCGGGUCUUUACAUUCGACAAGGUUUUUGGUCCUGGUGCUCAGCAAAAGGACUUGUAUGAUCAAGCAGUUGUGCCUAUAGUGAAUGAAGUUCUGGAGGGAUUCAACUGCACAAUAUUUGCGUAUGGUCAGACGGGAACCGGAAAGACUUACACGAUGGAAGGGGAUAGCAAAAAAUCAAAGUGUGGCGAGUUGCCUUUGGAUGCUGGUGUCAUCCCUAGAGCUGUGAAGCAGAUAUUUGACACCCUGGAGAGUCAAAGAGCUGAAUAUAGUGUGAAGGUCACAUUUCUGGAGCUGUAUAAUGAAGAAAUUACCGACUUGCUGGCUCCAGAGGAACUGUCAAAGGUUACAUUGGAGGAGAAGCAGAAGAAGCCAUUGCUCCUUAUGGAAGAUGGGAAGGGCGGUGUCCUUGUCAGAGGCCUUGAGGAAGAAAUUGUAACGAGUGCCAGUGAAAUAUUUUCCUUGUUGGAAAGGGGGUCUGCCAAGCGGCGAACUGCUGAAACACUACUGAACAAACAGUCUAGUCGUUCACAUUCCCUAUUUUCUAUUACCAUUCACAUCAAAGAAGCAACUCCAGAGGGCGAGGAACUUAUUAAAUGUGGGAAAUUGAAUUUGGUUGACCUUGCUGGUUCUGAGAAUAUAUCGAGAUCUGGUGCUAGGGAGGGACGUGCAAGAGAAGCUGGAGAAAUCAACAAAAGCCUACUUACACUUGGCCGAGUUAUCACUGCUUUGGUUGAGCAUCUUGGUCACGUCCCAUAUAGGGAUAGCAAACUUACCAGGCUAUUGCGUGAUUCUUUGGGUGGACGGACUAAAACUUGUAUCAUUGCUACGGUGUCACCAUCUGUUCAUUGUUUAGAGGAGACACUAAGUACUCUGGACUAUGCUCACAGGGCCAAAAAUAUCAAAAAUAGGCCAGAGGUGAAUCAGAAAAUGAUGAAAUCUACACUCAUUAAAGAUCUAUAUGGGGAAAUUGAUCGUCUUAAAGCUGAGGUUUAUGCUGCUCGGGAGAAAAAUGGUGUCUACAUUCCUAAGGAUCGUUAUCAUCAAGAGGAAAGUGAAAGAAAAGCCAUGUCUGAACGAAUUGAGCAAAUGGAGAGUUUGCUAGAUUCAAACCAAAAGCAAAUUGAGGACCUCCAAGGGAAAUAUGUUGCUCAAGCUCAACAUGGCGAAGUUUUACAGGCAAAACUUGAUGCGACACAGAAAGCUCUGGAAGAGACAAGGAAGUCACUUUCAGUGGCUAAGGAAAACCUCAAGAGGUCUCAUUAUACUAUCCGGGAGAGGGAGUAUGUUAUAUCCCAGCAAAAAAAAUCAGAAAACGAUCUAGCUCAUCAAGCUUUCAGCUUGCGCUCUGAUUUGGAAAAAUCUGUUCGAGAUGUAUCUGCAUUGUUUGCUAAAAUAGAGAGAAAGGAGAAGCUAAAUGCCGGGAACAGAUCAUUGGUUGAUGAAUUUAAAACAGAGCUCUUUGAAAAGCUUAAUGUACUCUCAAAUAUAGUGGACAUCUCAAUGAGCCAGCAAAUUCAGUAUCUUGAAGCUGUUGAAAAACAGUGUAGUUCUUGCCUAGAUUUCCAUGACAAGUCUCAACUGGAGUUCAAGAAGAAAAUGUUGGCAAUGAAGGGUUUGUAUUCCUGUCAUCUAGAAACAUUGCAAAAUGUUGUCCGUCUGCAUAAAGCAAAUGCAAAUGCAAACUUAGAAGAGGCUGUCUCGUUGUGUGCCAGCGACUUCUCUUCCCUUGAAGGGAUGGUUAAUGCAGAGGCUGGAGAAGCAGAAAAGAUGUUCAAGGAUAUCCAAACUACUUUUUCUGAUCAGCAAAGAGAAAUUGCCGAUUUUGCCCGAGAACUGAAGGAGAGAUCUCGUAUAAGGAUUGAGUUUAUGAAAGAAGUUUCUCUGACUACUACUGGCUUUUUUGAGAAGCUGGGCGAAGAAUCAAAAAAGCUCCAAACCCAUCUGUACCAAACACAUGAGGUUUGUGUGCAAAGUAUUGCUGAUUUUCAGAAGGCAUAUGAGGUAUUAAAUUUGCUGGUUAUACCUUCUUUUGCUUACUUGAUUUACAUCUUGAUAUUGUCUAACAUAAUGUUUUUUGAUGUACAGGAGCAAUCAAAGAUGGAUGAAGAGAGACUUUUACAGGACAUUGGUGCUUUGGUGUCCACGGCCAUGCAUAGGAAAAAGGAAUUGGUAAAUAUGCGGCUUUUGAGUUUGAGGGAUGCUGUUUCUGAGGAACAGCUGUCAUCUCAACAGCAUGUGUCUGUGAUAGAGGGUGUCACACAUGAUGCUAAAAGAAAAUGGGAAGAGUUCUCCGCCAAGGCUGAUAAUGAUGCGAAGGACACUGCAGAUUUUUCUGCAGCCAAGCAUUGUCGAUUGGAGGACUAUCUUCAAAAGUGUGUUAAGAUGACAGAUGCUGCUUCUGCCCAUUGCAUGAGAACUUACGAUGCUGUAAGGGGGAUGGGGAAACAGCAUGUUGUAGCAUUAGAGUCUCUUGUUAGGGAUGCAAUCUGCUGCAAUGAAACACAUGAUGCUGAAGUAGAUGCUAGCCGAAUUGCUGCCAGUGAAGAGAUUGCUCAAGAAGCUGAGAGCCUUGUCCAACAUGUAGAGGGUGUAUCUGAGCGUGAGCGUGCCUAUCGGGAUGAUAUAUUGUCAGCUGUGAUGGCUCACUCAACUGCUCUUACAAAUCUUCGGGAUGCACAUUUCUGCCAAGUUCAGGACAUUCAACAGCAAUCAGGGAGAUGUUUUGAUGAAAAAUAUAUGGAUUAUGAACCAACUACCACGACACCGGGAAGGAAGGAAAUAUGUUUGCCCACAAAAGAGAUGAUAGAAGAAAUGCGGAUGUUGCCAUUAGAGAUGCUGGUAAAGGAGUUUAGACAAAAAAGUCCCUAUGAGGAUGGGGAAGAUAUUUCUAUAGAUGAUGUGCUCAAGGAGACAAAAUUUGUUCAAAGUUUCACAAGUAUUCUUGAUUCCCGAUCUCCGCUGAAAGAACUAAACUAAGUGACUGCAGUUGCUUCUCUUUGUUGAGGAUUCGCUUCAAUUGUGUGUGUGAUGGCAUAGUUCUGCAACUAACACCGUUCUCCGAAGGAAUUAUUGUAAGAGCUGGUGUACAAUUAUUAUGUAUUUUAAAGAAACAUGUAACAUAGCUUUUUGGUUGAGGUUUGGAUAUCUGGAGUGCCCAUCUGCAAGAAGAUUAUUGCUGCGGGUGCAAUUUGGAUGAAAAUCAAUGGAGAACCUGUUGAUAUUGUUGCAGGAUUCAUAUACAUCAAUAUUGUUGAUGUUUUGACAAUUCCACAGAAGUGCCUGUUGUGUCUGUUAUUGGUCUAUACUUACUUUUGGUAUUUAAGAUGUAAUCAGCUUAGCUCUUAAAUGAAAUCUUUAGAUGUUUUUUUCUCCAAA